GUAUCACUGACACCAGGACACCGGGGAACGAAAUCGGCCUCGGCCGAUAGGAAGAGUAACCCUGAUAGCACAACUGGUGGCUGGGGAUGGAGGCGACAUCGCAACAUUUCAGUGAGACCAGACUCCUGGAUGGAGGACAACUCACAGAGGAUGUCCCACCAUCCUCCAUGAUGAACCAGUGUCACUAUGAUAAGCGCAUGGACUUUUUUUAUAACAUGAGCAACACCGACACGGCAGAUGAGUGGUCGGGGACGAAACUCGUGAUCGUCCUGUGCUUUGGAACCUUUUUCUGCCUGUUCAUUUUCAUCUCCAAUGCCCUGGUCAUCGCCGCAGUGGUCAAGAACAGAAAAUUUCACUUCCCCUUCUACUACCUGCUGGCUAACUUAGCCGCCGCCGACUUCUUCGCCGGAAUCGCUUACGUGUUUCUCAUGUUCAACACCGGUCCGGUCUCCAAGACCUUGACCGUCAAUCGCUGGUUUCUGCGCCAGGGCCUCCUGGACACCAGCUUGACCGCCUCUCUGACCAACCUCUUGGUCAUCGCGGUGGAACGCCACAUGUCGAUCGUGAGGAUGAGGAUCCACAGCAACCUCACCAAGAAGAGGGUGACCCUCCUGAUCCUGCUCAUCUGGGCCAUCGCGAUCUUCAUGGGCGCCGUCCCGACGCUGGGCUGGAACUGCCUCUGCGACAUCUCGGCCUGCUCCUCCCUGGCCCCCAUUUACAGCAGAAGUUACCUCAUAUUCUGGACCGUCUCCAACCUGGUGGCGUUCUUUGUCAUGGUGGUGGUGUACCUGAGGAUCUACAUGUACGUCAAGAGGAAGACCAACGUCUUGUCUCCUCACACGAGCGGAUCCAUCAGCCGCCGGAGGACGCCGAUGAAGCUCAUGAAGACGGUCAUGACGGUCUUGGGUGCCUUUGUGGUAUGCUGGACCCCAGGUCUAGUGGUUCUGCUCCUGGAUGGUCUGAACUGCACUCACUGCGGCGUGCAGCACGUCAAGCGGUGGUUCCUCCUGCUGGCCCUGCUCAACUCCGUCAUGAACCCCAUCAUCUACUCCUACAAGGACGACGAGAUGUACAGCACCAUGAGGAAGAUGAUCUGCUGCUUUUCCGCCGACAAAGCCCGGAAGAGGCAGGCGUCCCGCCUCCCGUCCACUGUCCACAGCAGGAGCAACGACACCACCAGUCAGUACAUGGAAGACAGCAUCGACCAAGGGACGGGCGUGACACUUGUCCCCAUCAAAGGGAGUCUCUUUGGCCAAUCGUUGUAAGAGAUCUUUUACUUUGGGCUGUACCAGAACUCGACUACGGUGUUAUCCGAAGAUGGCGCCCCGCGAAGCGAUGCCAGCCGCAAGAGUAGUUUCAAAUCAUGAACGUCGUGCUCUAAAAACAGGCACUUGGAAGCCUCUUCUCCGGACAGCGGGGAAGCGCGACAACUGAGUGGACCAGUGCUUAACCUGCUAGAAAGGUUAACUGCCCAGAUCUUGUUUUGUCCUAGAAGCAUGGUGCCUAGGCAAAAAAAAUAGCAUUUGAAUCGUGUUAUACGUCUGCUUGCAAAGUCCAUGUAAUUCUUUCUGCAUGCAUUUUUUGAUUUUAAAAAAAUGCUUCGAUGUUGAUUAUUUUUUUUCUCUCAACCCCACCCCCCACUAAAAGAAACCAGUUCCAGCAGCUACAAGUACCACAUGAACCCUACAGUAAAACAGUGUGGACCCACUGUACAAAUUUCUUCUUUUAAUUGAAAGCACAUUUUGGUUUCUAGGUUCCAAAAGAUAGCUGGACGUCAACUGUUACACAUUUCUCAAAAAGACCCUGUGGUUCUUUCAAAGUAACGUGGGGGGAUGCACGUAAGAUAAUUAUGAAUUUGAAAUUAUCUUUUUACAAAAUAAGGCUUCUGUGCUGGGUGGCAGUCAAAA